UUUUUAUUUAUUUAUUUUUUUCCGGCCAAAGUAUGAUUUUGUUAUAUGAUGAUGAUUACUUCUUCCCACUUAACUAUCCGAAUGGCAACGAUUAACGGACCGACCUUGCAGAUUAAUUCCUUCGCCGUCACCUCCUCUAGUCAACCCCCUCGCCGCCUCUCCGCUAUGGGAUUCCCCUGUACGUCGUCGUUUCUUCCUCCUUUCUGUAAGCUCUCAUCCUUCCUUCGUCUCCACUCUCUACCACCAAUGUCACUCUCUCACCAGCCACCACCAUUUUCCGGCAACCUCAGUCUCACCUACAGAACCGCCGGCGGACGACGCCACAGCCUCACCGCCCGUGCCUCAGUCGAGAGCUCACGCGCCGCAUCUAAUGCCAGUCUGGUCACCGUCGGCUCCGCAAUGACCGUCACAUUAGCCGUCGCUAAUCGUGUGCUCUACAAGCUCGCUCUCGUUCCUAUGAAAGAAUACCCUUUCUUCCUAGCUCAAUUCAUCACUUUCGGGUACGUGGUGAUUUACUUUUCGAUUUUGUAUAUACGAUACCGGUCCGGGAUUGUCACUGAUGAAAUGAUAGCUUUGCCUAAAUGGCGAUUCAUGGUCAUCGGCGUUCUUGAGGCGCUUGGAGUUGCCAGCGGAAUGGCUUCUGCAGCCAUGCUUCCGGGACCAGCCAUACCGAUACUAAAUCAGUCCUUUUUAGUGUGGCAACUGGGUUUUUCAACCCUUCUCUUAGGGAGGAAGUACUCAUUGAACCAAAUUGCUGGCUGCUUGCUUGUCGGUCUGGGUGUAGUGGUUGCUGUUGCCAGUGGAUCUGACACAAGCCAGAUGGUUUCUGGAAUUGAUUUUCUCUGGCCUGCGGUGAUGAUAGCGUCAGCAGCUUUUCAAGCUGGUUCGUCUAUUAUCAAGGAAUAUAUAUUUAUUGAUGCCGCGAAGCGACUCAAGGGAAAGUCACUUGACAUAUUUGUUGUCAAUUCUUUUGGAUCUGGAUUUCAGGCUCUCUUUGUACUUUUCUUUCUACCUUUUCUAUCAAACUUGAAAGGCAUCAAAUUUGCUGAACUUCCUUUAUAUCUGAAAAGUGGUGCUGGCUGCUUUCUGAAUAUUGAAUCCAAUACAGCAGGUUGUGAUGGGGCUCCAUUGCUUCCAUUACUUUACAUUUGUACAAAUAUGGCUUUCAACAUAGCAGUACUCAAUCUAGUGAAAACAUCUUCUGCCGUUGUUGCUUCUCUUGCUGUGACGUUGUCAGUGCCUCUUUCAAUUUUCAUUCUUUCCCGUCCAUUGCCAUAUCUCCCAGAGGGUGCAAGCUUGAGCCCCUUCUUCCUUUUUGGUAGUGUGAUUCUUGUGUUGGGUCUUGUGCUGUACAACAUACCCCAACCAACCAAGCAAGACCCGAAACUAGGUUGAUGUUAAUGGUACAGCUAUCGUUAUUUUUUCCUUUAAAGGGAUGCUACAAUUUUUCAAUGAUAGUUACAUCAAGAUUUCAUUUAUAGAUUCAGAUGAAAGUGCUUCUUUUUCACCCUUUUUAUUGGCUCAGGCAAGGUUAAUCACUUGAACCAUUUAUCAUCAUCAUCCAUUGUAAGAUGCAAACUAAGAUUCUUUUUCAUGGCAUCCUAAUGCAUGUAACGUUAUAACCAUUUCUGUUCAAAGGAAGGAUCCUUUUGGCUAAAAAACUGUGAAGGGCCACCGGCAGUCUGGCAGCAUCUGUACAAUUGAGAUUUCUGGCAUCCUCUUUGUACUGAUAUGCUUAAAAUCAGCUGCAAACCAAGCAGAAGCGACACAAGUCCAGGAUCUCUAUCAGUUAGCUUUUUGCACUGGUGCCCAGCAGAAGAGGUAGAAUGAUUCAAUGCUAUAGGGUUUUUGCUAAUCUAACACAUAUCUUAUUACCACCAAAAAAAUACAUACCUUGAUUAGUAUUUUUAGUUUUUACUUGGUUGAAGUAGUCUUGAAACCCCAGUGUAUAUCGUUGAUGUCAAUGAAUACAUUUUCUUAAA